UCGUCGUGUAGUGUGUGUUCUUGUUUCCUCACUGGCGCCUAGCGUCCCGACGGACCGCAGUUUUAGAUCGCAGUUAAAUUAUUAAAAUUUCUUGAGUUUGACACAAUUCGCAAGUCCUCUUUUCCAACACACGCCAUAAUUACAUAACUGAUCUCCAUCGCGUUUGGGUCACAGCCGUCUGUCUAGGACCUAGGCGUACCCGUUACAAGCAAACAAUUUGGUUUAGUCGCUUCGGUAGGCGGUGUAGCCUUCGUCAAGGUUUCAUGCUCAGUUUGGUUUGUUCCUAAGUUAGAGGGACAAUUUAAUCAUGUCUGCCAAUAAUAACUUCCAGUUCAAUAUACGAGACAGUAUGUACUUUAGAUUCUCAACAAAAUACAUGGAAUUUUUUCCAAGAAAUGUGAGGAGAGUUAUAGAAUUUGUGAUUCUAUUUGAGGCAAUAUUAGCCUUGUAUGCAUUCAUUAAUUUUCACAUAAAGUUGGCACAACCAGUUGAUUGUUUGGACCAUGUCAUAGAUAUUUGGCCCAAAAAUGGUAUAUUGAGAGUGGAAAUAAUUCAAAAUCAUGAACGCUAUUGGGUACAAAAGGGCAAAAUAAACAAAUUCUUAACAGUAGAAGAUACUUUUGAAAGUGAUUACAGAUUUAAUAAUGUAUUAUACAAAAUAAAUGACAAUUUUUCACUGUUCAAUGAUUUCAUUAAAACGUCUAACCCUGAGAAAAAUGAAGAAGUUGAUAUUGAACCUUCAACAGAAGAGUUAGAUGAAAAUAAAUUUCGAGAGACUAGCACCGUAAAUAACAUAAACGUUGAAGAUGAAAAAAAAAAACCGCCAGUUACACCACGUCGAGCUCAUUCUGGCCAGUGUCCAGUCAGUUAUGUUGAAAGUAUGUGGGGAGCCUCAUAUUUUUCGAUAUACCAAUUCACACAUUCGAACGAAAACGACAACGAUAUUUAUUACGAAAAUUACAUUGUCGAAUAUUCAUUGAAUGAUGAAAACUUGUUUUUGUCGUCCGAAGCUAGACAAGGAUUAGAAAUUCCGGUAAUGGUUGUAACCCUAAACCCUAUUUUCAACAAGUGUUUUGGAAAUUCAUUAAAUCGACACUUCUUAGAAAAUUUCAUUGGCUAUGACGAAAUACUGUAUGCCUCUAUUAAAGCUGUGGCUAAAUCUGAAGAAAACAGAGGCUUUAUAAGAAAUGUCAUUACCUCGAAACAUUUCCCAAUUGAGGCGAAAACACAGAAAGAUAGAGCAUCGUACAUUCUUUCGUUUUUCAUUAUGAUAAUAAUUACGUUAGUGAUUUCAUUGUACACGAGGCUCAUGAAUUAUCAACUAUUCGUUGCCUUCAAUUAUUUACUAAACCGUCAAAACGGUAUUAACGGGGAAGUUAGCCUGUUUAAGUGUUAUGUGAGUUUUUUGGGUUUUUUGGGCUUAUCAUCUUUAAUAUGGUUAUAUUUCAAAGAUGUUGAUGCAUUGUUAUACAUCAUGUUCAUCGUUGUAGCGGCUGAAAUGUACUACGCAGUAUUCACCCAUAAUGAGACGACGAGAAAACAUUGGCCAAAGUUUUUCUUUCUGUACCUGUUUAUGUUCUAUGCUUACGACUAUCGGUUCAACGGCCCAGUACAGAUCCUUGAGUCUUACCUGUUCAUGGUCUUUUAUAAUGCAUUCCAUGGUAUACUUUUAUCACCACAUCGAACUACCAUACGUGGUGCGGCAAAUCGAAAUUCAGGAGAUGAUAAGUCAGCGGCAAUUGCAAUAUUUGAGGCAACAGAGCCGUCCACCCAGCCGCCGGGAAUUUAGUGCUGAAACUUGAACGCUGUUGAGUGGCGGAAGUGACAGUGUGAUCAGUAGUCAUUAGUCAGGUCCAGCAUUUCAGCCCGGAGAACGGACUGAAUUGCGGGCAGUUAGAUGUUUUUAUAUUAUAAUAUAAGUAUUUAGUGUUUGUGUCAUUUCAAUAUUAUUUUACGUGUAACGAUAAUAAUAGUUAUUAAAAAACGAUGAUUUUAACGUGCGACGAAAAAGAUAUAACAUAUUAUGACCGAACAACUAUAUUAUUAUACCGAGUGAUCCAUCGAAUGAAACACAUUCAUUGAUUCAAAAACUAUUGAAAAUAUUCGUUUUGUAUCAUUUUAAGUAUUAAAAAAAAACAUUUUUCUAAGAAUGUAUUCAGUAAUUUUAUCAGUAUCGUUAUUGUUUUUCGAUUAUAACUUUUUUAAGACAACACGCAUUUUUAUUUUCAUAUUCCAAAGCUCAAUAUUUUUCGAAGUCCUUCGAUGUAUAGUUUAUGAGCUUUUUCUUAUUAGACAUACCUGUUUAACAUUUGGACAACGAAGCGUAAAGCUUAAAGCUUAGAUGAGCCUAGAAAAGAAAUGAAAGUCCUAGGACUUUGAAAUAUAAUAAUCUACUUGUUAAAUUUAAUUUUAUACAUCAAAAUACUCCAAAUUAUAUUUUACUUAGGAAUGUGCAGUUAAAAAUGUAUGUCAUCAAUGAAAAGAAUAAUUAAUAUGAAAUUGACAACGAUAAAAAUUAUUAUUUUUUCCAAAAAUGUUGUUUCGUAACGACUUCAAAUUAUACCAAAUAUUAGUAUUUUUUGAAACAAUGGAUGUCUUACGUUAAAUGGAUCGCCACUUAUACAUAUGUAUUUGACAAUUAAUGUAAAUUUCGUCAAGUAAGAUGUACGCCGAAAGACGUCAGUUCUACACUACCACCACCUACUCCGACGUCAUCAGUUGUCGUACCGAUUGCAGAACCACCAUAAUCGAUGUUAAACCUACCGGCCAAUAAAACACAAUAAUUACAAAUAAAAUAACGGAACAGCCGACCGCUGUCAGAAUGUUUUUUUUUUUAUUUAUGAUUUAUUUAUAAUUUAAUCGUGUAUCCAACUACCAUCAUAAGGGAAUCGCACAGUCUUUACCGGAAAAAUUAAAACAAAUCAAAUUGUAUUUAACUGUAACCUUUUUUUUUUUUUCAAUAUGAUAGUGAUUUGGCCGGUACGAUUUAUUCUGUUUGUACUUAACUAUUAUUAUUGUUACAAUUAAUUAUUAUGCAUGAAUUAUUACUUAAUUUUUUGGACGACUUUAAUAUUAUUGUAAUUUUUCCCUUAACUGCAUAUUUAUAAACGAAUAACGAUUAUUAUUAUUAUCUAAUAUUAUUGUUAUAUCAUUAUCAUUAUUCCGAUAUAUCGGUCCGGAGUUAUAUGCCACCACGAGCUUUCUCCGGACUACGAUUAUUAUUAUUAUUAUUAUUAUUAUUAUUAUCAUGAUUAUUAUUACGAUAUUUCGGUCAGGAGUUUUAUGCCUGUGCGAUCUUUUCUAGCCUACGUGUCUAUUAAAGAUCGAAUUAUUU